UACAGUCAGAGCUGGCGACUGAAUAUGAGGCUGCCCUUUUGCUAACAGGCAGUAGUAGAGGUUAAAUAUUCAGCAGCCAUGCAACUGUCAAGGCAGACUCAGAAGGGGAGAUGAAAACCUCCUGGAACUGGGUGUUCGUGUUUUAUUUUCUCAAUCUCUUUGUGUGGAUCCAAUCGUUUCCACUCUUAAAGCUUGGCAGCAAGAGGUGUUAUCUCUAGCACUGAACUCAGCUUUAAAAGGAAAUUGCAGGACUCUAAUUCUGCCUGUCAGCUUCUGAUGAGCCUCUGAUUAAAGAUAAAGCGAGAGGAGGACACCCGGAUGAAAGGAAUAACUUGCAGAGGGAUAUUCACACAAACACUGCUUUUCCUGGACUCUGUUUUCUUUAUUUUUUAAGGAUUUUUGUUUUCUUUAUAGCUUUGCACUGAACCUGCAUUUUAUGCAUCUGCAGUGAUUGCACAAAUGUUCCUCACACCAGCUGAGAAAGAUGCUGUUAUGGUGUUCUUGAAUUGGACUUUCUUUGAGAGGAUUUAGGUUUCCCCUGAUCAGCGUUCCUUUACUGUUUGAAUACGUUCUGAUCUUACCUCCCGUCCUCCUGCCACUCUUUUUUUCUCCUGAACAUUGUGCGCUAGUUAGUCACAUUAGCGACUGGACAGACAUUUCUAACGGAGGCACAGUGUGUGAGGCUGGACUCGGAAUUGCUGCCUCCUACAGACUGAACUGUCUCACGCUGUUGAGAGGAUCCUCAGACUCAGCACCUCUGGGAGUUUGUCGUACCUGAUUGAACCAAAGGAGAGGGUAAUUAGAGUCUCCACAAUUGGGACGGCCGGCCAAAAGCCAGGAUGCAGGUGUCAUUAGUGUGCACGGACCACCGCGGGGGAGUCAGCCGCACUACGGAGGACCGGCUAAACCGCCAGAAUGCCAACAGCCCCAACACAGGCACCCGCAGCAAGUUCAGAGCAGUGGCAAUGGUGGCCCGAAGUCUCGGACAGCUCUCUGUUCAGAGUGUUCCUUCCUCCAGCGAGCAAAGCAUCAAGACUGGCAUGAAGUAUAGAAACCUUGGGAAGUCGGGCCUGCGGGUGUCCUGCCUUGGAUUAGGAACAUGGGUGACAUUCGGCGGACAGAUAACAGAUGAGAUGGCAGAGCAGCUAUUGACUCUGGCCUAUGAAAAUGGCAUCAAUCUGUUUGACACAGCGGAGGUAUACGCUGCUGGAAAGGCAGAGGUGGUGCUCGGAAACAUCAUAAAAAAGAAAGGAUGGAGACGUUCAAGUCUUGUGAUAACAACAAAAAUCUUCUGGGGUGGAAAAGCGGAGACUGAAAGAGGUUUAUCUCGAAAACACAUUAUAGAAGGUUUAAAAGCCUCUCUAGAAAGACUGCAGCUAGACUAUGUGGAUGUGGUUUUCGCAAACAGACCGGACCCUAAUACACCUAUGGAAGAAACGGUUCGAGCAAUGACCCAUGUGAUAAACCAGGGCAUGGCCAUGUACUGGGGAACAUCGCGCUGGAGCCCGAUGGAGAUAAUGGAAGCGUAUUCUGUGGCGCGACAAUUCAACCAGAUUCCUCCCAUCUGUGAGCAGGCUGAGUACCACAUGUUCCAGAGAGAGAAGGUGGAGGUGCAGCUACCUGAGCUCUUCCAUAAGAUAGGUGUGGGGGCCAUGACGUGGUCGCCUCUGGCCUGUGGGAUCAUCUCAGGGAAAUAUGACGGCAGGGUGCCUCCCUACUCACGGGCGUCUCUGAAGGGUUACCAGUGGUUGAAGGACAAGAUCUUGAGCGAGGAGGGCCGGCGUCAGCAGGCGAAGUUGAAAGAGCUGCAGGCAAUCGCGGAGCGGCUGGGCUGCACACUGCCCCAACUCGCCAUCGCGUGGUGCCUACGAAAUGAGGGGGUGAGCUCCGUCCUUUUAGGGGCGUCCAGCACCGACCAGCUGAUGGAGAACAUAGGAGCAAUACAGGUUCUUCCAAAGCUGUCAUCGUCCAUCACACACGAGGUGGACAGCAUCCUUGGGAACAAGCCGUACAGUAAAAAGGACUACCGUUCCUAACGCGCAGUGCGCCCUCCCCCCCCUGGCAGGGCUGCACAGGUUGCAGCUGCAGCGCCCCACCUUUGCCUGAUCCUCUGUUUGCUUGAGCUUUUACUGAGUGAGACCCUGGCGCAUGAGUCUGGCCACACCAAGGCCACCCAGGGCACCUCACUCAGAGUUACAGGGAUAAGAUAAGAGAAAGGGGGGAAAAAAUACUGUCACCUCCACAGGGAAGGAAAGGAAGGAAGACAAAGUGGAAGAGAGGUUAGGGAUAUGCGCUCAUACUUAAAUCAGUUAUACAUUCAAUUCAGCUGAACGUAUUUUGAAAACCGUAACAAAAAUACCUUUUAAGAAAAAGAAAAAAAAAGCACACGCUUGCUUGGCAGCCAGAUUUCUCUUAUUUUUUAUUUUUGCUUUUCUUUUCUAAAACUGAAUGCAACUAAAAGGAAGAUAAAGUUAAUACGAAUAUACGAGAACUACUCUGUUGCACAUGUACCAUAGCCAUGCAUUUGUUCCUUGGACGUUCUGUUUACAUAACACCCGUGUACUGUACUGUACAAGUUGGUCAAGGUUUCUCUGAAAAAUCUUUUGUGUGUGUUUGUGCGUUGUCAGUGUACGAGCCUCCCCAUGGGCUUUAACAAUCAGCACUUUAGUAUUGUCAGUAUAGGGAUGUUCUAAGGAGGGGAGAGGAUGCGUAUUACAAUAGUCUUAUCUCACAGCCAUUGCACUAUAGAUUAAUAUCUCCUGCUAAGCCACUCUCCUCCUCAUCCUCCCUUUUGUGUCAACACUGUCUGUACGUCGGUCCAGCCUGAUGCUCCGACUCUCCUGCUGUCUGAGUGUGGCGGCGGCGGCCUAGAUGAGGAGGGGGAAUGAGGCUCCUCCUCCGACUUUACCUGUGAAAUGUCCAUGGCGACGAGUCGGAGCACCUUGUCUGCCACUAACGAAGAGAUUAGCUUUCAUUCAUCCCUAUCAGUAGGAACCACGUUAAAUGGAAUGCAGUGUCCCCUGGCCUCUGUUCUCUGUUUUCAGGCUGAGGAUGUACUGUAGGAAGUGGUCAUGUCAGUGCUGGCUCCAUAUCUCAUGGAAACUUCUCCUUGAUCAAAUUUUGCUCAAGUGUUUUGCCUUAUUUACAGUUGUAUCAGACUCCGCUGUGGGCUUUGGCGUGUAAACAGCUGCCCUUUCAUGUCCCCAGUACAAACUGUAACGCUGACUAGUGGAGGCGACAUUAGCUGCGAGGCGGUGGUGGAGUGUCCAGUUAAUCAGUGUGUGGCAGCAGCUCAGGGAACAGAGCAGGUGGAUUUAGACGUGUGUUGGCAUGCACAUGGUCAGGAGGUUGUAUUUACUCGUCUCUCUUUCUUUCACGUUCAGACACUAGGCAGGACCGGUGAACAUUUAGCGUGGCUUGAGCCAAAGAUCUUCCUCUUCUUCUUCAUCUCUCUUUAAUGACACACCCGAGGGUUUCACUCUCACUUCCUAAAAGAUUAUAGAACUCAUCUUGGCGCAUGUGCUGUCCAGCUUGUUAUCUAUCAAAGGGAUGGACUUAACUCCAUAUAUAUAUAUCUAUAUCUUUACUUGAUCACGCUGUUAUACUACAGUCGUUAACAAAUAUGUCCUUCAUAUACAGAAUGCAUAAAUACAGCUAAUUGCUUUAGAAUUGGUAAGGUUUGUUUCAGGCGACAUGACCGAGAUGUGUCAGAAAUAUAACUGCAGAUUUUGACACCGCCCUAUAUCAAUGUUUCUCCUUUGGGUGCUCUCUUACUGUGAUUAAAGCACAAGUGGAUAGCAUGUUACAUCCUCAAAGCAUGGACCCUGUUCACCCAGCCUACAAACCCUACGGGACGAGUGAAGUGACCUACUCUGCUUACUUACCACGUGUAGGCAACAAAUCUUAACUAACCGCUGUUUAACUGUUGAUUCUUAGCAGACAAAUAAACACGUGAAGAGAACGGUCAUUUAAGUGCAAAUGAUGACAUGAAUGAGGUGGAAGUUACUGUAUGGGAUUUGUGCGGACGAGGUCUGCUUCUCCACUCCUCCUAGGUUAUUUUUUAACAGCAACAAUGUGAUUUCAUGUCUCUGCUGUAGAUCCUGUUUGUGUGUAUGGGGAGGGGGGAGCAACUACACGUAUCCCUUGCUUUAGCCUGUUGUAUUAGUUGAUCCCUGUAUACGUUUGGUUUGCUGUGUCUGAGUGUUUUCUCAAAAGACGAGAAAAAAAAGCAAAGAACAUUUAGUUAAUUUAGUCUGUGGAGUUCCUGUGUCUUCAUAUGUUUAUCUGCAGGGAGUUGGGAGGACGCUCUGAGACUUAAAGUUCGGCAUUAUGAGAAAUACGCUUAUUUAUGCUCUUACUGAGAGGUAAAAUGUUGACACCGUAUUUAUAUCUGUCUGCUAAAUAUAAUUACAACUAGCAGCAGACUAUGUAGCUUAGCAUUAAGUCUGAAUACAUAACAGUAGUGUGAUGCGCUCAUCUGCCUAGCAGCCACUCUGAAGCUCAAUAUUCAACAUGACAUAUCACGUUUAAAGGUAGGGGAAACAAUAUUUUAGUGGGAAAACAGACUUGUACUGCAAUAAAAUAGCAAAUUGACAUAUUUUACAAGUUUAGCAAAACAUACUUGCAAUAAAACCCUUGAGAGUAGCUGGUAGGCAGACUUUGUAAAGGCCAUGGUAGCUGUAUUUCCUGUUCCCCAUUCUUUAUGCUAAGCUCAGUUAGUCGGCUGCUGGCUGUAGCAUCACAUCUACUUUACAGACGUGUGAUAUCAAUUUACUCCAAAACAUAGAAAACCAAUAAGUGCGUUUCCUAAAAUGUCAAACUUUCCCUUUAAAUGGUAACGCUGUGCAUUUAGUUUGACCAUCAGUGUUAUUUCCCACUGUGCUGACCUGCCCAUCGAAGAUCUUGUGGUAUAACAGGUUUCUGCACAUUGUAGGAAUAACUCUAGUGUUUAAGGCUGAAGUGUUGUUAGCUGGUGCCCUCGCCUGUGUAGGAGAAAUUCAUGCUUUAAGAGGUCCUAGUUUCUUCAUAUUUUCUGUUCUAACAUUUUACUGACUUCAGAAAUGAAACCAGACCCCCGAAUGGACAGAGCUUAUUUUACAGAAGGUUGUAGGUUAUACAGAGAAUAUAUUUUUUAUGUUUUAGCCUUUAAUGCAGAGGAGAGAAUCAGAAAACUGUUUUUAUUUUAUUUUUCAUGAUGCUGCAUUCUUCCUAUCAGUAGUGUAUUGAUUUAAGACUGACAAAAACAAGCAAUUUCUUUGUGUUGUGUAUGCAUUUAUGAGGAAUGCUCUGAAGUAAAUGCAAUUGUCGACUGAAUUCACUCUGAAUAUGACGUAGUGAGAGCCUGGUAUCUCCUGUACAUAGUUUCACCUUUGUAUAUAUUUCUGGUUGUGAUCACCUCUGCCUUUUCUCUUUUCUUUUUUUUAUGUUCUUUUGCAGGCGUUGCUAUCUGCACUGUGCUUGAAUCUGAAUUUAGACAGGAUGUACAGCUUCGAUCUUCAAUGAAAAUGAAAUAAUGAUAAAAUAAGAAUGGUAAACAAA